CGUGUUUGAAUGUUGAAAAUCCAACACAAGUACUUGAGGUGUAAAGGGUUUGAGUAACAUAGAACCUUAUCUUCAAUUGUUGAAAAAUAGUUGACAACCCUCAUUGAAAUAUUUUACAUACUUGAGUGUACCGUACACUCAACUAACCCAAAUUUAGUUUUUGCUAUUCAUUUGACGAUUAAAUGAAAAACAAUCAUCAAAAUGUGAAUAAAAUGCUCAUGAGUAUACCGUGCAUUCGGGUGUAUAUAACAAUCUCUUGAUUCACAUUCAAUGUCUAAUAAAGUAGUAAUAGUUAAUGAUUCUAGUCAUUUUGUAAAUAUAAAGAGCUUUUGCUUCUAGAAUGUGAUAUUAGUUCUUUGUGAACGGUAUGACGGUUUCAGUGUACCGUUCAUGACUAAUAUUUAUUAAAAAAAUAAAAUAAAUAAAAAAAAAUAAAAAACUACAUGACUACAAAUUACAGAGGUAAAUUUCGCAGUCCUACCAAUUUUAAAACUUAUUUUAAUUCUGUUAAUUGUCUUCUUCUGUGUGGGCGCAUUGAGUGACUCAGUAAAGAGCAUAACUACAGAAACAAAGUUAAGUGCAUCAACCCCACCCUGUCAAGACUUUUCUACACUGCUAACUUCUGUCUUCCUCUUGAUCAUUCUACUGAAAUCACAGACCGCACAUUCAUCACAAAUUCUCAAUAACAGCCAUAGCUAAACCUUCUAUUCUAACUAUGGCUGUUGAAGCAGUUGUUUCUGUGGUUAUCCAGAAAGUCACAGACCUACUAAUUCAGGAAUCCAAAAUAUUCGACAAGGUCGUCGACCAAGUUGAAGACAUCAGACUAGAGCUUCGGCAGAUGCGAGGAUUCCUAACGGAUGCAGAGGAGCUUCCAAAAGAUGAGAAGGAUGCCAAGAAAUGGGUUGGGAAAUAUCUAAACACAUUGUAUAAGUUGGAGGAUAUGGUUGAAUCCUAUGUCCUCAAAUUAGUACACAAGAAGAUGAAGGAUUCAACCAUAACAGCCUGCUGGAAGCUUCGAAGGAAAUUGAAGCAUAUUGAGGAUGAGAUAAAAGCGCUAAAUAAGAGUAGGCCACAUAAUAUUGAAGAUGCAAGCUUGAGAAAAUUAUCCUUUCACAUAGAACAGAAGCAGCAAAAUUUAGAUAACCUCAGUGAUAAGAACCUCAGUACAGGUAGUUCCUCUCGAACAAAGCGAAUGCUCAGCGGUGUUUGUGAAGAAGAUGAUUCAGAUUAUAUUGGCUUCAAGGAUUAUGAAAAUUCACUGAAAAGUAGAUUGACUGAAAAGGAUGGGGUACGAAUUGAUGUUGUUGGUCGUUUAGGUUCUGGGAAGACUACCCUAGUAAAAAGGAUUUACAAUUGCAAGUCAAUCAAGGAGCAGUUUGUAUGUCACGCAUGGCUUGAUGUCUCUGAGGAGCAUAAACUUAAAGAUCUACUGCUAAAAGUAUGGAAUCAGGUCAACAAGAAAAGGGAUAAUGAGCUCACACUUCUUAGUGACGGAGAGCUAAGAGACAAGCUAUGUGAAUUUCUGCGUGGGAAAAAGUGCUUGAUAAUUUUAGAUGAUGCGAGGAAGCAGCCGGAUGCUUGCAGAGAAUUGAUAGAAGCUCUCAGUCUCCAAAACAUGAAUGAGUAUAAAGUCGUGGUGCUGAAUAUAGAUGAAUCACGGGAUGGAAAUGCUAAGCUUAUUGAACUGCAACCACUUGAGGAAAACGAAAGCUGGGAGUUAUUUUUGAGAAGCUUACGCAAUGAAGAGGGAAUAUGUGACAUAUCUGGCAACGCUUCUCUAAGGGAUCAGAUCGUGAAGAAAUGCCAAGGCCUACCUCUAAAUAUUGUGCUCCUAGGGGGUUUCCUAUCGACCAAGAAAAUGAACUCUGCAGAAUUGACCCGAGUGUUCAGCCAGGCUAACUGGAAGAACACGGAUGUCUGGUUGUUGAGCUACGCUGAUCUCCCUGCACACCAUAAGCUCUGCUUGCUCUACCUGACACUCUUUCCAAAAGAAUUUGAUCUCUCAGUACGAAGAAUUCUUCGGCUAUGGCUUGCAGAGGGAUUUCUACAACGCUCAUCAGGAUUGGGGGAAGACUUAGCUGAGAAGUGUUUCGAUGAUUUGGUCAGGAGAAACUUAAUUAAAAUAUCCAAGUUUAGAUCAGAUGGAGGCCCCAAGAAAUGCCGUUUGCCUGGGUUUCAACAUGAACAGUUAUCGCCUAAAGCUGAGGAAAUCAGGCUUUUUCAUAUCCAUCAAAUGUCCUCAGAACAAACACAACCACCCUCCAAUAAAAAUAAUAAAAAUCCCAUGGAGACAUCACCAGCAGAACCAAGCAAACCACCCUCCGAUAAAAAUAAUAAAAAUCCCAUGGAGACAUCACCAGCAGAACCAAGCAUUCUACGGGUGCGUAGAAUAGUAGCGUAUGCUGAUAUCACAGACAAUGAUUUUGAUUCUGACUUUCAGAAUUUGCGGUCCUACUUUUCAUUCAACUGUACAAGAUAUGACACUCCAGCUAAAGGAGUAGGGAACUUCUUACGUCGAAUCAUCGGCAGUAGAGGUUUUGGACUGCUAAGGGUGCUUGAUCUGGAAGGAGUAUAUAAGCCAAUAUUGCCUACAACAUUGAAGUAUCUAUUUCAAUUAAGAUACUUGGGGCUUAGGUGGACAUUUCUUGAUAACCUUCCCGAAUCUGUGGGUGAUCUUCCCUACCUUGAAACUUUGGACCUAAAGCGCACAUAUAUCAACAAUUUGCCAAGUUCUGUUUGGAAACUGAAGCAUCUCCGACAUCUUAAUCUCCCUCAGGUUCGUCUAGACAUGAGAAUUCAGCAGCCUAGUAAAAAACUUCUGACACUUUGGGGAAUAAUUAUUGAUGAUGGAUGCAAUAUGGAGAAUGGGCUGGGGCAAUUAAAUGAUCUACGAGAGUUAGGUAUUACUUGCUGCCAAUUAACACGCUAUGAAGAUUUGCUGAAAUGGAUUACAAGCCAAACUCAUCUUCAGUCUUUAAGCUUGACAUCAAAGGAUGAAAGUGGUUGCCCAUCCAGACUUGAAUUGGAAAACUUGUCACAGUUACAUAAAAUUACUCACUUAAAAUUGCUUGGAAAGCUGAACCGUCUACUCAAUAACUCUGAGUUUCCGCCAUAUAUAAGAGUUCUCACACUGUCUGUUUCAAACCUAAAUGAUGACCCAAUGAGAGUUUUGUCACAGCUUAAAUACUUAUCUGUCCUCAGGCUUCUGGCAGAAUCCUAUUGUGGACAAAAAAUGCAAUGCCCAGAAAAUGGCUUUGUUAAUCUUCGUGUAUUGAAGUUGUGGAUGCUGAAUAACCUGGAGGAAUGGGUAGUGGAGCUGGGAGGAAUGCCCAAUAUCAAGGAGUUAGAGAUCAGAUCUUGCCAGCAGUUGAAAGAGCUCCCCAAUAAGUUUCUAGAACGAACCACCUUAAAGGAACUGAUUCUAACCAACAUGCCAAAGGAUUUUGUGGAAAAGGUUGGCAACAGUAAAUUCGAGCAUACUAUUCUCCAAACCAACCACUAUGAGUUUACUCCUUUGCCGUGGGAAAAAAAACCCUGAACUGUGGCAACCUGAUUGUGGCAUUAAUCUUCAGCAAGCAGACUGCCCACAAGAGCACCACAUCAAUUCAGGAAUUUCAUACUAGAAGAGUUCUCAUAUCCUGUGAGCUGAACUGACACAAGAAGUUCUGUACCAGUGUACCACUAUACUCGUACGUAGUACUUACUUUUCUUGUUUCCAUUUUAUCUUACCUUGUUUCUUGGAAAAAAGUGGAUCAGAAGUCUGAUCACCAGUGCACCUAUCCUUAUAGAUUUCAGUUAUGCUACUGGUUGCUCUUGAAGGUAUUUAUUUGCAUUUCAGAGAAGACACUAAGUUCCCGGGCAAGAAUAAUUUGUUAUCACAUUUUUCCUUGCAUUAUUGUAUAUGCUUUUCAAGUGUCUAUGUGGUCAAACCCACCCACCCACCCACCCCCAAAUGUCGUAAGUCUUUGGACAUCAAAACAAACAUAUCAUCCCGAAGAGAUUAUAAUCCUUACAUUAAUGGUAUCAGAUAUUCAGAUCUCAUGCCACCCUUGUAUUACAAUGAGCUCCCACAUCAGGGAGUCUUCUAUUCUGGAAGUACAACACAUAUUCCGUAUUAAAAGAUUGUUAGUAAUAAUAGUUUAACUGAGAGUUAGCCAAUACGGAAUAUUUGUUACUAAAAAAAAAUUAAAAAAAAAAAAAAAUUAAAAAAAAAAAAAAAAAAAAAAAAAAAAAGAACACAUAGUUGAAGUAUAUUAUUAAGAGUAUGUAAUAGACUAACCUUAGGUGGAGCAAUUUGGGAAAUCUAAUAUUAUUAGGUUAGAGUCUUUAGCUUUAGUAUAAAUAGAUAGAGGAGGGAAAGGAAAAGAUAGGCAGAAAUUUGGUGUGAACUUUGAGAGAGUUAUGGCCUAAAGCCAUUGUUAGAGAGUUGUGAGCUAAACUCACUAUUGGAGAGUAAUAUUCAACCUAUCUUUUGUAAUCCUUUCUCCAUUAUCAAUCAAAAUAUAAAAGCUUCCAUCUUUCUUAUUUCUUCUUUUUAAAUCAAUUUAAUCAAAAAUUCAGAUUAUUUAGUAAUCAAAGAAUCGAUCUUUUAUGUGAGUUUGGUCUGUGAAAAGCAGUCUAUUACAGAGUACAUAAAGAAGAAAUUUUGAGGAGAAAAAAGAAAAAAAAAAAAAAAAAAAAAAAAAAAAAA